UUCUCUACGUCAGAGCUGACAUCAUCUUCCAGCUAGUGACUGCUGUUAUCAAGAUGGCGCUGCGGCCAGGGUCUGGGGGAGGCAGCAGCUUCAUCUAUCCCGUCGGAGGGGGCUUGGGACCGCCACAAGGAAUGGUACCCAUGCAGCAACAGCAGCCGCAGCCGGGCUUCCCCAUGGUUCCGGUCAUGCAGCCAAACAUUCAAGGCAUGAUGGGAAUGAACUUUGGGGGACAAAUGCCGCCGGGCGCCAUUCCCAUGCAGGGCGGGAUGGCGAUCGGGAUGCAGACUCCCGGGAUGCAGUUCCUGGGUCAGCCACAGUUCAUGGGGAUGAGACCCGCCGGACCUCAGUACACCGCCGACAUGCAGAAGCAAAUGGCUGAGGAGCAUCAAAAACGUCUGGAGCAGCAACAGAAGAUGCUGGAGGAGGACAGAAAAAGGAGACAGUUUGAGGAGCAGAAACAAAAGCUGAGGCUGCUGAGCAGCGUCAAACCCAAGACGGGGGAAAAGAGCCGCGACGACGCCCUGGAGGCCAUCAAAGGCAACUUGGACGGGUUCAGCAGAGAUGCGAAGAUGCACCCGACUCCAUCAUCACAGACCAAGAAACCAGACUCAUCGCCAUCACACCCGUCUGUCACCACUCACUCCCCCCCCACAGCUUUGUCCGAGGAUAAUGGCGAGUUUAGUGACUUUCAGGGGCCCGCAGACGCCCCCGCCUCCUUUCCUCCUUCCUCUUCCUCCACCUCUUCCGACUUGGCCCCCCCCUGUCAGGCCCACGCUCUGUCCUCGUCCUCCACCAGCAAAGGUUUUGCUGAGGAUGAUGAUGGUGAUGAGUUUAGUGACUUUGUUCAGGGACCGGUAAACACUUUUAGCUCCUCUAACUUCCACCCAUCACUCCCUUCCUCACAACCCCCCACUGCUGUCAGCACCUGCUCACAGGCUACUCUUCAAGGCCCGUCGCUGGAAGAGAAGCUGUUCUCCUCCUGCGACCUCACUGCAGAUAAAGCAGCUCAUGUUAGUUUUAGGUCCAAACAGAGUUUGGCUCUAAUGGCUCCCAGAACGAAAGUUUCGUCCCAGUUUCACGCCAGCCCUAAAGCCAGGGACUGGGCUGCUGCCUCUCAGGACUUGAGUUCCAUCUUCAUCACGGCAAAUCUCCCCGGAGCCCCAGCGUCUUCACCCAGCUGCCCUCCGUUUGCCGCUGGCCCGGCGGCUCACACGAAUAGCGACAGCGCAGGUGUUGCAGUGUACACACAACAAGAGCAAAUCCAAGCCUUGAUGCCAGCUUGGGUAUACAACGACAGCCUCGUUCCUGACAUGUUUAAGAAAGUUCUUGAGUUCACCACGACUCCAGCAGGGAUCGACACAGCCAAGCUUUACCCAAUAUUGAUGUCGUCUGGGCUUCCCAGAGAGGCUCUGGGGCAGAUCUGGGCUACAGCCAACCGCACCACACCUGGCAUGCUGACCAAGGAGGAGCUCUACACUGUGCUUGCACUAAUUGGUGUGGCUCAGAGCGGCCUCCCAGCCAUGAAUGCGGAAAUCUUGAGUCAGUUCCCUUCUCCACCUAUCCCCAACCUGCCGGCCUUCGCCAUGGCCAUGGCCCCCAUUUUGCCCCAGCACCAACAGCCCAUAAUGACCCAGCCGCCUGUCUCCAUACCGAUGGCCACACCAGCAGCUCCAGUUAUGGCCAUGGCCCCCUCUGCACCUGCUCAGCCGCCCACAAACACCAGCUUCAUUGCUGCGUUCCCUCCUGCGCAGGCCGCCAAAACCGACGACGACGAGUUCCAGGACUUCCAGGAGGCUCCGAAGGCUGGAGUGGACCAGGCCUUCGCAAACUUUCAGGGGGAGUCGGGAGGAAGUUUCCCUAAUACGAUCGCCCCUCAACUCCAAAACAGCACUCCGGCCAUGCUGACUCCAGUGUCUGGCUCCUCCUCUUCCUCUGUCACGUCCACCGAUAAGUACGCUGUGUUCAAGCAGCUGUCUGAAGAUCAGCCCGCAGAGCCGACGCCCCCCACAUCAGAUGUUGGUGACAAGUACAGCGUGUUCAGACAGCUGGAGCAACCCGCUGACAGGAAACCUGUUGGGGAAGGAUUUGCAGAUUUUAAGUCCAUCAACACCGACGACGGCUUCACAGACUUUAAAACUGCCGACAGCGUCUCUCCACUAGACCCCCCAGAUCCCACCAAGAUCUUUCAGCCUGCCUUCCCCUCAGCUUUCCCAAACUCUCAGAAUGUACAGCAGCCUGCAGCGUCGGCAUCUCAGUCCAAAAACCCUCUCAACAUGGCCGACCUGGACCUUUUCUCCUCGGUGGCUCCCCCUGCUCCUGCGUCCACCGAGACCAAGCCCGGUACAUUCCCUUCUGCAUCCGUGCCUCCUUCUUUAGUGCUCCUGCCCGGCGGAGCCAAGCCUCCAGCGGGAGGCACGGAUGAUUUUGGUGACUUUGCCCUCUUUGGCCCCUCCUCUGACACGGCUCAGGCUUCAGCAGCAGGAGGAGCUGCAGCAGCGCCUCAGGAUGACUUUGCAGACUUCAUGGCGUUUGGCAGUUCUGGUGGAGAGCCGAAAGGUGAGAGCAGCACGGGGGUCCGAGGGGAGACCUCCGCGAAGCAGUCUCAGCAGGGCGCCGACAGGUACGACGUGUUCAAACAGCUGUCUCUGGAAGGAGGCCUUUCCUACGACGACACAAAGGAGAGCGGCGGCGGAUCCUUCUCGUCGCUCAAGAGCGACACGGAUGACUUUGCCGACUUUCAGUCGUCGAAGUUCUGCACGGCGCUCGGUGCGUCGGAAAAGACUCUAGUGGACAAAGUGGCUGCGUUCAAACACGGCAAGGAAGACUCCGCCUCCGUCAAGUCCCUCGACCUUCCGUCCAUCGGCGGCAGCAGCGUUGGGAAGGACGACUCGGAGGACGCACUCUCAGUUCAGCUGGACAUGAAGCUGUCGGACAUGGGCGGAGACCUAAAGCAUGUGAUGUCAGACAGCUCUCUGGAUUUGCCGGGUCUCUCGGCACACCAGCCCCCCGCUACAGAAGGCGACAACAUGAAAUUUGACCCGUUUCGGACAUCGGCCCUCAGCACCCUGACUAGCUACGACUGGUCAGACUGUGAUGAAAGUCAGCAGAAUGAACUCAGAAGGCCUCAGGGUCCGGAAGGAGCUCCGUUUCCAUCUUUAGUCCCGUCAGAGAAGAAGGAACCGGGCUUCGGCAGCACUGAAAACAUCCCAAACGGCUCCAUAACAAAGAUCCCAGCCCCUCUAGCUGCAGGCGACGGCUCGGCCGCGGAUGAUAAGUUUGAGGCUUUUGCCGACUUUGACUCGGGUAACCGAGGCGACGAGGAUGAUUUUGGAGACUUUGCCAGCACCGUUUCUGAGAAAUCGGACUCGCCUGCUACCUCAGCGGAGACGGGCUCAGAAGGACACCAGACGGACGUCUCCGAGGAGUUCGGCGCUUUCCAAGGGGACAAACAUAAAUUUGGCAAGUCCGACUUCCUGAAAGCCAGCGCUCAGCCCAAAGUCAAGUCUAGCGAGGAGAUGAUCAAGAACGAGCUCGCAACGUUUGACUUGUCCGUUCAAGGUUCCCACAAACGCAGCCACAGCCUGGGUGAGAAGGAGAUCGGCCGUUCGCCUCCGUCUCCCGCUCCAGAGCAGCCCUUCAGAGACCGAUCCAACACCCUGAGCGAGAAGCCCACCCUGCCCAUCAUCAGGGACAAGUACAAAGACCUGACCGGGGAGGUGGAGGAAAGCGAGCGCUACGCAUACGAGUGGCAGAGGUGUUUGGAGAGCGCCCUGGAGGUCAUCACCAAAGCCAACAACACCCUGAACGGCAUCAGCAGCUCCUCCGUCUGCACCGAGGUCAUCCAGUCUGCUCAGGGCAUGGAGUACCUGCUGGGUGUGGUGGAGGUGUAUCGUGUCACCAGGCGAGUGGAACUGGGCAUCAAGGCCACGGCCGUUUGCUCAGAGAAGCUGCAGCAUCUGCUGAAGGACAUCAGCCGCGUGUGGAACAACCUCAUCGGCUUCAUGUCGCUGGCAAAGCUCGUCCCGGAUGAAAGCUCCCUGGAUUUCUCCUCCUGUAUUCUGAGACCCGGCAUCAAGAAUCCCAAAGAGCUGGCUUGUGGAGUUUGUCUGCUCAACGUUGAUGCUCGCAGCAAGGCUUUUAACUCGGAGACGGACAACUCCAAGCUGCCGUACGGCGGUCAUCAGUACCACGCCAGCUGCGCCAAUUUCUGGAUUAACUGUGUAGAGCCUAAACCUCCAGGCCUCAUCCUGCCUGACCUGCUCUGAGCUGCCAUGGCAACAGCGGAGGAGUGGCCGAUCGCAUCACACUGAGGAAGCUGGAAGGGCGUUUCAAGUCACUGGGUCCUCUUAUAUUCCUUUUAAAUCUCUCUUUCUCAGAUUUUAUCAUUUACAGAUGUUUAUUUUUUGGUUUUAUUUUAACGAUGCGUGUCUCUUUCACAUCGAGGUCCCCUGGGAAGGUCGUGCUGCUGUUUUAACCGAUCAUCGCUGAGCGUAAUGUUGCAAAAGAUAAUUACUAAGAGUUCUGAUCUAAAUUAUUAGAUGUGCAAUAUCAUCAAAACACUGGCUAAAUAUGUCUGUGGAGUUUUUAACGUCCCUCUUAUUUAAGUCCCGCCUCCCUUUGAUCCCUGCGGAGUCGUAAGUUUUACUUGAACUGUUUGUGUGGCGGGCAGCUCCGUUUGCUGAGAUGAUUUUAAAAAUACUCAAACUCGCUGCUGUAUCGGAAGGCAAGUCUCUCUCUCUCUCUGUGCGUUGCAUUGAAUUUUCUGCUUGAAUGUCUUUUGCACUGUUCAACAACAACUUCAACACUUUGGGGGUAUUUAAUAGUAUUGUAUAGAUAUUUAGGGACAAGGGAAUAAAUUAAUGGAUCUUGAUGUAAAUGUUUAUUUUCUGUGUUGAUGUUUGGAAAAGUCUAGAAACCAUCUGUGUGUGCUUUAAUUAAAGCUGAUUUUUUUGCCUC